CCUCCUGGUUCAGGGCGGGACCGCCUUUCCCUUUCGCUUUCUUGCAGGACCUGCUGCUGCUGCGUCGCCUCCUCCUCCUCCUCGUCCUUUCGCAGCCAUGGAGAACGGCGGGCGGGUCUACGAGGCGACCACGGUCCCGGCCGAGCAGCCCCCGCCGGGGAAGGCGCCCCGCUGCUGCCCAGGCUGGGCCCUCAACCGCCUCGAGCCCCCGCGGCUCUUCCUGAAGGUCUCCCAGCUGUUGCUGUCCUUCCUCGCCUUUGUCUGUGAAGAAGUCGUGCCCGAAUGCACCAACUGUGGUGGACUUUACUUCUUCGAGUUUGUCAGCUGCAGUGCCUUCCUUUUGUGCAUUGCGAUCCUCAUCAUAUAUUGCACUCCUUUGUACAAGAGGACAGGGAAGAACAUAACAGAACUUUUGGAUCUGUGCGUUGUUAUAAUAAUACUAUGCUUCUUCGCACUAGCUUCAUUUGUGUUUUCUGCAACCAGUGAUGGGACAACAAUUGAAACUGUUGCUCUUGUAUUUGGAUAUCUUGCAACUCUUGCCUUUCUUGCCGAUGCAGUUCUAUCAGGUUAUAAGAAGUGGAAAGCAAAAAAAGAAGGGCAGCCAGAAAACACAGCCAACAACCUGAAUCCAAGAGAGAACGAACCUCUGAAUAACCAACCAGCCUAAGCUCUAAACCACAGCAACUGCUUCUUGUUCGGUGCUGAGUGAAGUGGAAAACAGCCUACCUUUUAAGGUGUCAGAUUGUUAAUUUGUAUUUCGGUUUUUUAAUUCACCGUCCUCAUAUUUGAUCUAUGUACACUAUCUGUUCAUAUGCAGUUCCUGAAUUGUGGUUUCCUCAUAUCCACCCUUAGAGGAUGAAUUUGCCUAGGUGUCCCCUCUCUAUGUGUUACUACAUUCAGUAAUAAAUAGGCUGCAGUAUGUUCCGAAAAGAAGGGAUCUUAAAAUAAACUUGUAUAGUCCUACUGAGAUAAAUUUUAGAUAACAGUAUGCAGAGCAUUAAGUGUUUCCAUUUGAGAAUAAAAUUAGUUCAGUAAUGUAGGUGGGAUGGAGCAGUGCUUGAAAAGAAACGGAGAAUAGGUGGCCUUCUUUGUACAUAUCUAUACCACAUGCUUUAAAAAGUGGAAACAUAACAUCUGUUAUGGUGCGAUCUAUGCAACUUCCAUACACACAUAUAACAGUAGCGGGUCACAUUUCAAAAAACAGUCUGAUUUCGACAUAUCCUAAUUUUCCUUCCCUCUUAUACUACAUCUCCCCUGACUAUAAACUACAAACGUAAGACAAAUUUUAGGGGUUUUAUUGAUAGUAUUUUGAACAGUAAGGCUUUUAUUACAUAUUUUAAGAAUUGCACUGUGAGGUGCUACUUUCCCCUGGGUUUUAGUCCCUACCACAACAGUCAGAAUUUAAUGUUCCUUUGAUUUCUUAGCAGGAAAGGGUUUCUAUAACAAUUUUAUAUUUUUCAUACCAUGCAUACAUUGUCCCAUUGUGCACUAACUUUUUUCUACAUAAGGUCUUGGAAAAUUGAGAUAACUAUAAAUAUAUAUUAGGUAUACACUUCUUCAGGGUAGACACAAUGGAUUAUGUCCAUGUUCUGUCUUUUACUAUUUUUUAAAAAUAGCUAACUAGAUUUUUUUUCUCAUGUCAGGAGCGACUUGAGAAAUGGCAAGUCGCUUCUGGUGUGAGAGAAUUGACCAUCUGCAAAGACGUUGCCCAGGGGAUGCUCGGAUGUUUUACUAUCCUAUGGGAAGUUUCUUUCAUGUCCCCGCAUGAGAAGCUGGAGCUGACAGAUGGGAGCUCACCCCACUCCCUGGAUUCGAACGGCCAAUCUUUCGGUCAGCAGUCUUGCCAGCACAAGGGUUUAAGCCAUUGUACCACGGGGGCUCUGAGCUAACUAGAUAAAACUUCCUUCCAUUUAUUGAAUUUUUGGAGAGAAAAUAUAUAAGUGAAAGCAACCUUUAAUCUCCUCUCAAAUUCUAUUUGUAAAAAAAUUAAAAUUGUCAUUCUGACAUAUCAUUUAUGAAGUUGCUUAUUUCUGCAGUUUCUUUUGUUUUUCAAAGUCCAUACACAAAUAGGCAGAACUUAGAAAAUUUAUUUUUUAUGAACGAAUACUGAUUUGCUGGCUGCAGGAUUCUGGCAGCUUGUGUUCAUUAUUAUGGUCCCAACUACAGUAGUGCUGUUGAAUCAGUGGAACUUCCCUAAGGGUUGAUUUGCCAAAUUAGUUCAUUAAAUGCAAACUGAUAAUUGGAUUUUGUACCUCCUCCCCAAGUAAACAUUACAAACUAUGGAAUAAAUAUAGUAGGACAUGUUUAUCCCAGAAGGUUUUUACAGGUAGAAAACUUGUGUGUGUAUUAUAACCAAAGCAAAAUACCCAUUGUCAGGUGUUGUGAGAUAUUGUCACAACUGACCCUAUAUUUACCAGGAUAAGACUUGAUAUCAUGCCGCCCACUGGAGCUGUGUUAAAAUCAGAAAGGAGGUGCAGUUUCCACUAAGGUCUAUCUUGGAACAAAAUUUUAGAAAUGUAGGAUAUCAGUGGAAUUUGGGAACAGGGAACCAUUUUUGCUGCAGAGUGAAGCUUGCUCUGUUGUGGCUUCUGCUAUUUAUUAAUUGGAAUUGUUUUUAGACAGUUUUAAUUGACUAAACUUCAUUCCUCAAAUAUUCUACAGAAUUUACUUUCUAGGAUUUCUGUUACCAGACUUGAAAGUCAAAGUGGUUUUUUUUUUUACAAGGUGGUUAAUUCACAAGCAUUUAUUAAUGAAGGAUAUUUGGAAAAGAUGUGAAAGCAGUUUUUUUUCAUGUCAGGAGCGACUUGAGAAACUGCAAGUCGCUUCUGGUGUGAGAGAAUUGGCCAUCUACAAGGACAUUGCCCAGGGAACACCAGGAUGUUUUACCUACCGGGAGGGGGAUCUCUCAUGUCCCCCCGCAUGAGAAGCUGGAGGUGACAGACGGGAGCUCACCCAACUCCCGGAAUUCAAACUGCUGACUUUUCGGUCAGCAGUCCUGCCAGCACAGGGUUUAACCCAUUGCACCACUGGGGGCUCCUGUGAAAGCAGCUGAGACCUUAUUUCCUAUGUGUGUGCAAGGAGAGACCAAUAGCCUCAUCACACUAGAGAAUGAAUCCACUUUAAAUCUGGUUUCUGCCUCCUGCAGAAUUUUGUGGUUUGUGGUUUAAGGAGAUGCAUUUAAUAGCCUCACUAAACUACAAACCCCAGCAUUCUGCAGGAGGCAGAAACCAAAUUUAAAGUGGAUUCAUUCUCUAGUGUGAUGAAGUAGCAAGGCUAUACGUUGCAUACUUUCCCCCAAGUAAGCCUCACUGAAUACUGUAGGGUUUAAUAAACAUGCAUAGGAUUGUGCUAUAAAGUUUAGUCUACGCUUAAGAAUAAUUUUGUGCAUUAAGUUGUGAAAUACAGUUUAUGGACCUGACUGGCAAUAUACAAUGAAGGUCAAGCUAGUAACCAGGGUUUUUUCCCACUUGGUUGGGUGAUAGUAGACAGUACUUUUGCUUGUAAGCAGGGGAGGAAUCAUGAGGCUCUCCAGCUUUUGUUGAAUUCAUUCCCAACCUGUGGUUAGGCUGGCAAAGUCUUCUGGGACUUGUCCUCAAGAAGCACGAUUCCCGCAAGUGCCUUAGAACGUUUUGUUUUGUUCAUGUUAAAAUCAAAGUCAUGCAGAGUUGUAAUGGUAGUCACCUAUCUGCAAGUUUGUAAAUGUCCACCUGACGAGCUGUCCUUGUAGAGCAGGAAUACCAAAACUCCGUUUCUCCAGGUGUUUUGGAUUUCAACUCUCAGAAGCGUCAGCCACUGGAAACUGAAGUCCAAAACACUUGGAGUACCAUAAUUGGUACUCCUAAUUCUCACAUGACCUUGGAGGUGUCUACAGACAACGCCGGCUCUUCGGCUUAGAAAUGGAGAUGAGCACCACACCCCAGAGUCGGACACGACUGGACUUCAUGUCAGGGGAAAACCUUUACCUUUACUAAUAUAAAGGAAGAAGAACUGCUAUCUUGCAGGGGAACUCUGUAAAACUGAAAAAAAUUAAGUUUAUUCUUCUUUACAAGAUGUGUUUUAACAUACCGGGGGUGCAGGGUAUUUAUUUACAGGCUUCUUUUUCACUUGUAUCAACACAAAUUGUGCUUGUAUUUUUUUUUCCUCGACAAAACUUAUCUCUGAUUUUUUGAGAGGCCAUUGUUAACUUUGUUGUUGCUUGUAAGUAUGUCGGCUAUUGAAUUGGACCUGUGAUAUUGUUGAAAACAUUUUGCAAACGGAAAGUGGCUCUCCCCAAACUCAGGUUAUACCCCUUCAAGACUGAACCACCCCUCAUCCCAUUCAACAAGGUCCUAUGACCCUUUGUUGAACAAUCAUCUGCCAGCCUCAUUAUGUAUGCUUAAAUCUGAAUGCGAUUCAAUGUACUAAAUGUAUAGGAAUCUUGCUGACUGUAAUAAACUUAGUGGGACUUACAUGUUCAGGUUUGUGCUGCCAAACAGCGUACUAGGGGUACUCUAAAACAGUUUAACGUCUUAUUUCUAGAAUGCUGUAUAUAUCCCUUUUGGAAUAAAUGUGGGAUUACCAGCUUUUGCACAAAUAUUAUUUUGGUUUCAGGCUCAGGCUGAUUUUAAAUAUCGUUUAUCUCUCUGCCUCUCAACUAGUAUGUGUAUUUGCCCACAACUUUGACAGUAACACACAGUAAAUAUGAAUGACUCAAAUUCCACACUGCAAUUAAUAAUUUUGGAGACUUAACAUGAAAUAUUAUUGGAUCUAUACUUAAGACUCUCUUAUAGUAGACCGGCGGUAUAUAGAGCAGAGAUAAGGAUAAUGCAGCCAUGCCGAUGUGAUCAGAGAGUAUUCCUGACUGCUGGCUAUGAGGGCAGGACUGCUGAAACAUUCAGUCCGAGACAUGAAGCACUGCCUGAUUCUGACUCCUGAGGCAGAACUCCUGAAAUUAAGAAUUGCUAAUUUAGACCCUGUUGAUUGCAGUGAGUCUAAUGGCCCUUCCACACAGCCAUAAACCAGAGUAUCAAUGCAGAAAAUCCCCCUUGGUUAUUUGAGUCCACCCUGCCAUAUAUUCCAGUUCAAAGCAGAAAAUAUUCAGCUAUAUGGAAGGGACCUAAGUAAGGGCACACCUGUUAACCCCAUUGCACUUCCAUGCCAUGUUGGCUGUGGGAUUCUGGGAGUUGUUGCCCAAAAAAGUAACAUCCCCAACUUCUGAGUUGAAGGGCACACACUUUGCAGUGUGGGAUCAAAAGAGCUGCUUUUGAGUUUGUGUAUGCUGAGCUGAAUAUUUCAUUUUCACCCUAUGUAUAGUCGAUCCCCAUGUCGAUAACUAUAAGAUAUUAAAAUAUGGUUUGUCACAAGGCACGGAGAAAUGGGUGCUGGAGAGAGAUAAGCCUAACAUCUGCCUGGACACAAAGAACUCAUUGCACUGUGGUUUGGAUGCCAGCCAGAGAGACUGUCUUGUAAAGCCCAUCUGUAAUGUCGAAGUCAUUUGAAACAGGGACAGGAGUAAAGAUAGGAAGACAACUGUGUACUUUGAAAAAAAGAGUAAUAGGAUUUCAGAAUCAGGGAAACCAUAUUGAUUAUAGAAUAAAUCGUGGUAAAUGCUUUGUGAACAUUUCUGAAUUGGAAUAAGUCUGAGCUGGAAUGUCUUAUAAACAUGUAUUUGGAGAUGUAUGAUAUGGAAAGAAAAUGUUUUUGUUGAAGGCAUUCAUGGCCAGAAUCACUGGGUUGCUGUGAGUUUUCCGGGCUGUAUGGCCAUGUUUCAGAAGCAUUCUCUCUUGACGUUUUGCCCACACCUAUGGCAGGCAUCCUCAGAGGUUGUGAAGUCUUUUGGUUGUGAGGUUUGUUAUGUAUCCACAGAUAUAUAAACCUUACUUGCCUAGUUUCCAACAUAUCCCACAACCUCUUAGGAUCCUGCCAUAGGUGUGGGUGAAACAUCAGGAGAGAAUGCUUCUGGAACAUGGCCAUACAGCCUGGAAAACUCACAGCAACCCAUGGAAGAAAAAUCUCUGUACAUUUAUUAAUAGCUUAUUCAUUCCACAUUUGUGCCAUAGUCUUUUUAUAAUCUAUUUUUAUUGUCUGCUUUUAUCACUCAAUCAUUUUGUAAUUGUUUUUAUUAAAAAUUGUAGAAGGCA